AUGGCUGCUCGAGGCCCCCCUGGUGCCCGUGGCAUGGGUAACCGCUUUGCGCAAUUCAAGCUGGUAUUGCUGGGAGAGUCCGCCGUCGGAAAGAGCUCAAUAGUGCUGCGGUUCGUAAAGGACCAAUUCGACUCCUACCGGGAAUCGACGAUCGGCGCUGCCUUCCUCACACAGACCAUCUCCCUCGACGAGAACACUACAGUAAAGUUUGAGAUCUGGGAUACGGCGGGACAGGAGCGCUACAAGUCCCUGGCACCCAUGUACUACCGAAACGCAAACUGCGCCGUUGUCGUUUAUGAUAUCACACAAGCCUCUUCCCUGGAUAAGGCCAAGGCAUGGGUGAAGGAGCUUCAACGCCAAGCUAACGAGAACAUCAUCAUCGCACUUGCCGGAAACAAGCUGGAUCUCGUGACCGAACAACCCGAUAAGCGUGCCAUCCCUACCGCCGAUGCUGAAGCGUAUGCCCGGGAAGCCGGCCUGCUCUUCUUCGAAACCUCAGCAAAGACAGCCGAGAAUGUCCGAGAGCUGUUUACGGCGAUUGCCAAGAAGCUUCCCCUGGACCAGGUCGGCCCAAGACAUGCUCGACCGGGCCAACGACCAGGCGUCAGCCUUGCCCCGGAGAACGCCAACACGAAUGUCAGCGGCCCAUGCGCCUGCUAG